CUCCUCCUCCUCCUCCUCCUCCUCCUCCUCCUCCUCCUCCUCCUCCUCCUCCUCCCGCACCCGCACCCGCACCGAGGCGGCAGCCCCGCGCCCAGCCCGCCCCUGCCCCGGUAAUAAUGCACUAGAAUGUCAGCGCUGAGAAAGGAUUUCUCAUCCUCUGAAGCACCAGAGUAGCUACCACGAGUUCACCUACUGCUGCUACGUGGGAAUGCCUGCAGCAGGCACGAGACUCACACAUUAUGGGGACAUCUCAGGUUCUGCCUGGCAUACUGCAGAAGCAUUGCUGUAUUUUGCCUGACAGGAACACAGAGUCACAGUGUACACUCUGUGGGGAGCCUGAAGAUUUGGAUUCUCUAACAGGGCAUGCAUUUCCAGAAGAAGAGGGUGGCGAUCUGCUCAAGUCGGGCUUCAGUUUUCCAGGGACGCCAGAGGAGGAGCUAGACCAGCAGUACUCAUGGUCGCCUUCUCAGCACUUCAAUGAAGAAAGAUACUCUCCUGCUCCGAGGAAUAUGAAAGGAUUAUCUGGCAGUCGCAACCAACCACAGUUAUGUUCAGCUCAUACUUGUGGCUUAGCAUCCCCUGAAGACUGCGAACACACCCACGACCAUAUCCACCAUGGGCAGGAGCCAAGGCAAUCGUAUCUUCUCAGCCCCACGGAGAGUUGCCCGAUGGACCACCAUCGUUGCUCACCACGCAGCUCCAUUCAUUCUGAAUGCAUGAUGAUGCCCAUGGUAAUGGGCGAUCACAUGUCAAGUAGCACUUUCCCCAGAAUGCACUACAGCUCUCAUUACGACACAAGAGACGACUGCGCCAUGUCUCACGGUAACCCUAAGAUUAACCGUAUUCCUGCAAAUCUUUUGGACCAGUUUGAAAAACAACUUCCUCUUCACCGGGAUGGGUUUCACACUUUACAGUACCAGAGGACCUCAACGGCUGCAGAACAACGCAGUGAGAGCCCAGGAAGAAUACGCCAUCUCGUUCAUUCAGUCCAGAAACUUUUUACUAAAUCUCAUUCUUUGGAAGGAUCAUCCAAGGGCAAUGUUAAUGGAACAAAGGGAGACAGUCGAGGGGAUGACCAUCAUCAUGGGCACCAUUCCAAGCAUAGCAAAAGGAGUAAAAGCAAGGAGCGAAAACCAGAAAGCAAGCAUAAAUCUGGAAUGAGCAGCUGGUGGAGCUCUGAUGAUAAUUUGGACAGCGAUAGCACUUAUCGAACCCCUAGCGUGGUAAAUAGGCACCAUACGGAUCAUAUAUCCCAUUGCUACCCUGAGGCACUCCAGGGACAUUUUGGGGAUCUCUCAUUGAAGACUUCCAAAAGUAACAAUGACGUGAAAUGUUCAGCUUGUGAAGGGCUAGCAAUGACCCCUGAUGGUAAAUACAUGAAAAGGAGUUCUUGGUCCACGCUUACAGUAAGUCAAGCUAAAGAAGCUUAUCGCAAAUCAUCACUGAACUUAGAUAAGCCUCUGGUUCAUCAGGAAAUCAAACCUUCCUUGAGGCCAUGCCAUUACCUUCAGGUACCUCAGGAUGAAUGGGGAGGAUACCCUGCCAGUGGGAAAGAUGAAGAGAUACCCUGCAGACGAAUGAGAAGUGGGAGCUAUAUUAAGGCCAUGGGAGAUGAAGAAAGUGGAGACUCUGAUACUAGCCCCAAGACAUCACCAAAAUUAGCAGUUCGACCCGAGUCAUUAUUAAAAUCCAUUGGACAAAGACCACUGGGAGAUCAUCAAAAUCAGAGCUACCUUCAAACUGCAAGUGACGUGCCUGGGGGUCAUAACCUGGAUCCCUCUGCAAACUACAAUUCCCCAAAGUUUCGCUCAAGGAAUCAGAGCUAUAUGAGAGCAGUGAGCACACUCAGUCAGGCCAGCUGUGUUAGUCAGAUGAGUGAAGCAGAGGUUAAUGGGCAAUUUGAAUCGGUGUGUGAAUCAGUGUUUAGUGAAGUUGAAGCUCAGGCAAUGGAUGCCCUUGACCUCCCUGGAUGUUUCCGAACAAGAAGCCACAGUUACUUGCGUGCCAUUCAGGCAGGCUAUUCCCAAGAUGAUGAAUGUAUACCUGCGAUGGCAUCUUCCAACAUCACGUCAACUAUCAGGUCAACCACAGCUGUAACUUAUACAAGUUACAAAAAAACACCACCACCGGUACCCCCGCGUACCACGUCCAAGCCACUGAUCUCAGUCACGGCCCAGAGCAGCACAGAAUCCACCCAGGAUGCGUACCAUGACAGCCGGACUCAGAGGAUUUCCCCGUGGCCUCAGGAUGGGCGAGGGAUGUACAACUCCACAGACAGUUUGGACAGUAACAAGGCCAUGAAUCUUGCCUUGGAGACUGCAGCUGCGCAGCGCCAUGCGUCGGAGGGCGCCUCCAUACGAACCAGUGACAAGGCCAUCCUCGUCACAAAAGCAGAGGAGUUUCUCAAGAGCCGGCGUUCCUCUAUAGGGAUCCAGGUGGAAACAGCAACCGAUUCGGAUACUGAGAGCAGAGGCCUACGGGAAUACCACUCUGUUGGAAUACAAGUAGAAGAUGAAAAACGACAUGGAAGAUUUAAGCGCUCAAACAGUGUAACAGCAGCUGUCCAGGCUGACCUGGAGCUGGAGGGCUUUCCAGGACACAUCACCAUGGAGGACAAGGGACUUCAGUUUGGCUCGUCGUUCCAGCAGCACUCAGAGCCCAGCACCCCCACCCAAUACAGCGCAGUGAGAACUGUACGGACACAGGGACUGUUCAGUUACAGAGAAGAUUACAGGACCCCCGUUGACACCUCAAACCUUCCACCGCCAGAACCCUGGCUGGAGCCAGCCAUUGAGACAGUAGAGACUGGUCGAAUGUCUCCUUGUCGACGGGACGGAUCUUGGUUUAUGAAGUUGCUGCAUACUGAAACUAAGAGAAUGGAAGGAUGGUGUAAAGAAAUGGAAAGAGAGGCAGAAGAAAAUGAUCUUUCUGAGGAAAUCCUAGGUAAGAUCCGAAGUGCUGUUGGAAGUGCUCAGCUCCUCAUGUCUCAGAAAUUCCAGCAAUUUUAUUGGCUCUGUCAGCAAAAUCUGGACCCGAGUGCCAUGCCGAGACCAACUUCCCAGGACCUCGCAGGUUUCUGGGACUUAUUGCAGCUCUCGAUUGAAGAUGUCAGCAUGAAGUUUGAUGAACUGCACCAGCUGAAACUCAAUGAAUGGAAAAUAAUAGAAUCACCUGAAAGGAAGCCAACUGAUUGGUGGAUGGAAGAAAGAAAGGUUCCUCCUCCUGUACCAAAGAAGCCCCCAAAAGGAAAAUUCCCCAUCACAAGAGAAAAAUCUCUGGACCUACCCGACAGGCAGCGACAAGAAGCCAGAAGACGGCUCAUGGCUGCGAAGAGAGCAGCAUCUUUCCGGCAGAAUUCAGCCACAGAGCGUGCAGACAGCAUCGAGAUUUACAUCCCAGAGGCUCAAACCCGGCUUUAAAGACAGAAUGCUGCAGAGUUCCUUUUUUAAACAAAAUGCUUGUACAGUUUGUCAAUUACCUGGUAAUUUUUGUCUCAUUCUCUCCACUAAAUAUGCCCUUGCUGUUGUGUUCUUUGUGCCAUAAGCACAGUGGAAUGCUUUUGAUUUCCUCAGAAUUUGCUGAGCUCACCGCAAGAACGACUUCUUUUGUAUUUAUUGUCUGACUUACAAUCAGCUACAAUGGAUAGGGCUUGUCGAGACCUGACUUAUCCAGUAUAUUCUCAGAGGACAACAAGAAACACCUCUUGAGAUGGAACCCAGCUUACUUUUUUGUUAUUUAUAUUUUUAUAAAAUGUGUGAUAAUUAGGGAUAAGAAUAACAAACUUAUAAAUGGGUGCAUCUCACCAUUCACUAGAGGCAUUAGCUAAUCCAAGUAGAAGGUGCUACAAAUGUAAAGAGCAGGAAAGAAAGAACCCAUUUAUCUCUCUGACCUCCAGUUUCUUUUCCUAGAACCCAGCUAAAAUAUUUACCCAUGUGCUCUGCCACUCUCCUCAUCUUUGUUACUGCAAAAUAACAUUAGGCCUCUCAUGUCAUGUCAAGUUUCUGGAGAUGAACAGGGAUAUCCAGCCACUAAAACUCCAAAGUUCAUCAGAAACCAAGAAGCAUACAAGUCUGGUGGUGUUGGGAAUGCCCACUGAGAAACGUUUGCUGUUAGCAGUGUAACAACACUUUGAAACCUAAGCAAAAUUAUAAUGCAAGAGGACUCGAGUGAUGGGUGAAAGGAAAAUGGAAGCCUUAAAAAGUUAGAUCUUCUGUAGCAAGAUGUGUAAAGAAAAAGUUAUACUUACUCCUUUGGAACACUCAUCACAUUUUUAACAGUUCUUUUAUGUGUUAACGUUUAUUUUAUAAACCUUCUCUCUUUUAUUUCAAGAGCUGCGCUACAUGUAAUAUUUCAAACUCUCAAAAUGUUAUAUCAAUUGAGUUUCCAGGGUAUCCUUGAGAAAAAAAAAAAAAAAAAAAAAAUCUUGCUUGUUUAAAAUGCCAGUUGUGAUGUUGUAAACAGUUUAAGAAAUAUGAAUGUGAGUGGUAAGUAUAUCUAAGUUUAAAUGGUUAUGUUAAGGUAAAGGUGAACUGUGGUUUACAGUUGUAUUUUUUUUAGAACUAUUUUUCUAUGCAGUAUCACUUACAGCAAGAAUAAGCUUCUUGCUUGCUUCAGACGUAACAAACAUGACUCAAGAGAAAACUGAUUUCCAGCCAUGGAAUAUAAGGAAAAUAAUGUAUUUUCAAGCCUCUCAUUAUCAGAAGAUAGAAGUGGUGACUCCCACAAUUAAGAGGCUUUAAAUCAAAACAAAUUGAGAUAGAAUUAUGCCACUUCACCUACCUUCCAGAGCCAAGUGAGCAACCCAGCACUUAGAAGUCUUCAGGUGAAGACGCAAUAAGAUAAGUAACCCACAGACUCCGACCCAAGGUUGGAACGCUACUGAAUACUACUUUAGGUCAAAACAAUAUUAACACAGUAAGACAGACAGUCCCAUCUACUGCAUUUCCUGUUUACCUGCUUUAACAAAUGCAAUGUAUUUAGCCAUAGGCAGAACAGCUAUUAAAUUAUACUCUAGCACUUUGGUUCUUCACCUGACAAGCACUUUAAAUCCGUGUCCCACACACCCUGCAGCCUGACAGAUGACUGAAAACAUGAAUUAUCAUAGGUUAUGCAGAUCUGACAUUGCUUCUAAUCUGUUUUGGUUUGGUUCUGCUUUUUUAUGUUGUUUUUGUUUUUCUUUUUUAUCUUUUUUCCUACAGUGCAUAGUACUAAGCAUGAGUUCUGUCUUUGGAGCACAGCUAAUAAAGCACGUUUAGCUUCAAGAUAGGAAUCUUUAGAGAUGAAGUUUUGAGAUGUCUCUGUGAGGAGAAAGCCCUGUAAAUUGAGCCUGAUAUCUGGUAUAUACUUUGCCAAAUAGCCUUAAACCAUAUUUGGAAGCAAAAACCAAGACGAAUGUAUAUCCUUCAAAAAUGCAAAAAAAAAAAAAAAAAAAAAAAAAAAGAAAAAAAAUUCCCUGAAAUAUUCUUCUAUAGAUGGAAACAUUAUCUUUCCCAUCCCUUGUGUUUUCAAGGCAUUUUCUAUUAAGGAAAGAGCUGAAUUCUGGGUAGUGUACAAUAUUGAUACUACUUCUAUAUUUGUUGUACUAUUUUAAAUACAAAUGUACUUGCAGACACUGUCAUCUUUAGUGUCGAAAACUGAUAUAUUAUUUAAUGUGGAGCUGCUAUUUAGAAAUAUCCACAUAAAACUAAAGCUAGUGUCUUUCCUAGUUUUAGGAAAUAUAAAAUCGGCACACACAACUAAAUAUAUAGAGCUGUUAUAUACAUAUAUGGCAGCUGAUACAUUUUCUCUAAUUUCCCUGUACACUUCACACUUGACUUACUCUUUUGAAAACUCCUAUCUGCAGGGACAGCUCACGUGAUAAGACAAGUCGCAUUUGAUCCUGCCACUAAUCAGACUUUAAAAGUCUGACAAUUGUAAAGACAAA